CCCCCGGUCGGUCCUAGCCACGGGGAGCCUGCUGAGCUGGGGCUGAGCCGGUUAGGGAGGCCGGUCCCGCGGGCGGGGGCGGGGCCCGCUCCGCGGCUUCUCCCGCCGCCGCCGCCAAGGGGAGUUUCCAGGAAGUGGCCAUAUUGGAUCCAUUCAGCCGCAGCCGCCCGGGCGGAGCGCGUCCCGCAACCGGCUCGUCCCCGCCGCGGCCCCGGCGCUCCCCGUAGCCCGCCCGCCCGGUGCGCAGCUCGCCAUGGCGGCCACCGACCUGGAACGCAUCUCGAACGCAGAGCCUGAGCCUCGGAGCCUGUCCCUGGGCGGCCAUGUGGGGUUUGACAGCCUCCCUGAUCAGCUGGUCAGCAAGUCAGUCACACAGGGUUUCAGCUUCAAUAUUCUUUGUGUGGGGGAGACUGGGAUCGGCAAGUCCACACUAAUGAACACUCUCUUCAACACGACCUUUGAGACGGAGGAAGCCAGUCAUCAUGAGGAGAGUGUACGCCUGCGGCCUCAGACCUAUGACCUCCAAGAGAGUAACGUUCAUCUCAAACUGACCAUCGUGGAUGCUGUGGGCUUUGGGGACCAGAUCAAUAAGGAUGACAGUUACAGGCCCAUAGUUGACUACAUCGACGCGCAGUUUGAAAACUACCUACAGGAAGAAUUGAAGAUCCGCCGUUCCCUCUUUGACUACCAUGACACGAGAAUCCAUGUUUGCCUCUACUUUAUCACUCCCACCGGGCACUCCCUGAAGUCCUUGGAUCUGGUGACCAUGAAGAAACUAGAUAGCAAGGUGAACAUAAUUCCCAUCAUUGCCAAGGCUGACACCAUCUCCAAGAGCGAGCUCCACAAGUUCAAGAUCAAGAUCAUGGGUGAGCUGGUCAGCAAUGGAGUGCAGAUCUACCAGUUUCCCACGGACGAUGAGGCUGUUGCAGAGAUCAAUGCAGUCAUGAAUGCACACCUGCCUUUUGCUGUGGUGGGCAGCACAGAGGAGGUGAAGGUGGGCAACAAGCUGGUUCGAGCACGGCAGUACCCUUGGGGAGUGGUGCAGGUGGAGAAUGAGAAUCACUGCGACUUCGUGAAGCUGCGGGAGAUGUUGAUUCGGGUGAACAUGGAGGACCUGCGGGAGCAGACUCACAGUCGACACUACGAGCUCUACCGACGCUGCAAGUUGGAAGAGAUGGGCUUCCAGGACAGUGACGGUGACAGCCAGCCCUUCAGCCUCCAAGAAACGUACGAGGCCAAGAGGAAGGAGUUCCUGAGCGAGCUACAGAGGAAGGAGGAAGAGAUGAGGCAGAUGUUCGUCAACAAAGUGAAGGAGACAGAGCUAGAGUUGAAGGAGAAGGAACGGGAGCUCCACGAGAAGUUUGAGCACCUGAAGCGAAUCCACCAGGAGGAGAAGCGCAAGGUGGAGGAGAAGCGCAGGGAGCUGGAGGAGGAGACCAACGCCUUCAACUGCAGGAAGGCGGCCAUGGAGGCCCUGCAGUCCCAGGCCGUGCACGCCACUUCCCAGCAGCCCUUGCGGAAAGACAAGGACAAGAAGAAUUAAAGCACGCACAGACUUACAUGUCAAGAGCGGACUUUAGACUUUCAUGUGUUAAGUUGCUUGAGUUACACCUUGUGACCCUUCUCCCAUAACAUGGUGUGAGGAUGGACUGGGAGCCGGUACAGACUCCAGUGUUUACAGCCUUGCCUUGUCCCUACCUGCUGGCUCCAGGCUGCCUGGGCCUGGCCAGCUUUCCCUCUCUAUGCAAGCGUGUCAAAGCCAUGAAUGCUGGAAUCCGAAACUGACAAGGUUUAUUUUUUCCAGAGCCGGUGGCUGGUCUUCCAUUUACAGUGUCACUAUCCCUUGACGGAGCAGUUAUGUGCCAGUCUAGAGAUGGCCCCAGCCAGUGAUGCUGGCCUGAUUGUUCAUCGUCAAGCCAGCGACUCAUGUGGUGCCUAGGCGUGGCCUGUGGUCUGGUAUAUACAUGCUGCAGAAUUGGCCUGUUUCCCCUUCAUUUUAAUUUUUCUAACCUAGAGCUUAAUUUUAAUAACUUUGAAACACUUUUAAUUUUUAUUUGGCACCAGUGUAAAGACAAAUAAUAUCUAUCUUUCCCAUUAUUUUCAUAAGUAACACAGAUUACCUGAUCUUUUUUUUUUUUUUUUAACUAAAAAGACUUCUAAACCUUCUGACAUAGAAAGCACCCCUAUGACAAAUAGGGAGAGGUGGGAAAUAAAGUUCCUAUUCUGGCAGUGUUUGGGACUUCUUUACAGACUGAAGUGGACCCCGAACAAGGCCACACCCAGCCUUUUUACUGUGAAUGUAAAUGGAACAGCAGCCCAAAGCCCUUGUCUCUCUCUGCCCUAGAGGUGCUACCGGUGACAGGGACCAAGUGCGCGUGUGUUAAGUGUUUGACUCCAAAUAAGCUGCCUGCUCCCGACAGUGUGCUCAGUGGGGAGAAGGCUGUCAUGUCAAGGUCAUUGUUACUUCUUUCCUGGCUGAGGCAAGGAAAUAAAGGUGUCCCAAGUAUUAGGGCAAUUUGAGAUGGGGGUAGGAAGAAGAAAAAACAAAACAAAAGCCUAGCGGCUAAGAGCUUCCCCUCCAGCUAUAGUUUCCAGGUAGACACUUAAAAGUCUCUUCCAGGUGUGAUGGUGCAGGCCUGUAACGCCAGUGCUUGGGAAGUAGGAAGCCAGAGACUGGCCUCAGUCACAUAGUGAGGUAGGAAGCCAGAGACUGGCCUCAGUUACAUAGUGAGAGAGAAGCCAGCUUGGCUUACGUGAGACUGUGUCUCAAAAAUAAAAACAAGAAAAGUACUGACAAAAUCUAGUCUGCUCUGCUCCCGAUGGUUUGCAAGCCUCAGAGUUGAAAAUGGGUGAAAACUAAUGUCCUUAGUGUUGGUGCAGGACAAGGCUGGACACCAGGCUCCCCAGAAAGAUAGACUUCAUCCUGAGGAGCUGAUGACCCAGUGAGAACCCGAGGGGACCACACUGAUUUUACACCCCCAUUUCCCUCCCACCGCCAUUUCCCCCUUUCCGCCAGGCCUGCUUCUGUUCGUCCAGGACCAGUCUGGCUUCUUCUGUCUUUCUAAGAUGAUGGUCCAUCCAGAGUGAGCUGAAGGGGAAGGUUAUUGUGAGUCCACUUAGGCUGCUUGGACCUGUGAGAGGCCACACACAGCAGAAUAGUGUUUGUUGAUGCUCUGAGGAAAAAUCCUCCAUGUCCAGGGUGGAUCCUGGCUGCCAGGCUGGACUCAACUAUUUACCAAGACUGUUUUAAGCAAAAGAAUAUAAAAUUCAGUCUAGGCCUUGGAAGCCUUGAGAGCUUCACAGCUCGUCUGCCUCUGGUCAUGGCUGAACUGAUGUGGGGCUUUGGUGUCUGAGGCAGAGGUGAGCUGCAGGCCAGUGGCUCCUCUUAGGGAAACUGUGUAUCUGGAGGUGUAUUCACUCAGGUCCACGCCUGACCUUCAGAGCGGCCUCUCCUAGCCAAUAUAUUUAGAGAUUAGGAUAACCCAACAGGUCUACUGGUUGUAUAAAAUAGGAUUGCUGGCUCCAUGCUGGACUCUGGAGCCUGCAAAUUCUACCGUUAUCUCCUGCAGCUCACCAGCCACAAUGUGGGCAUACUGGAAGGCUGUUACGUUCAGUGCCCACCUUUUGGCAUCCCUGGGGAGACCUGACUUGUACUUUCUAGGGUCUAAGUUGCCCCCCCAUGGAUCCGGUCAGCCAUGGCAAGCUUUUCUCCUGCUGUGUAGAAUUUAGUUAUCUGUAGCUGAGGUUAAGUUAAUCCUUGAUGUGCAAGAAAAAUGGGAAACUUGCCCCUUUGGGGAUGUGAUCCCCAUGUACACCUGUGAUUUACUCUUUCUUCCCUGUCAUUUGUUGGCUUCAUGGGGACUGUCAUAGGAUCAUGUUGACAUUUGCUGUUACGUUUUCCUUUAGUCAUUUUGUGUUGUGGUAUAAUCACCAUGUAAAUUGUGGUUCAAACCUGGAUUUUUGGUAGAAAAAAGAUUGUUAGUAAUCAUGCCAAAUCCCUAGGCCCUCAGGAGGCUGAGGCAAGAGAAUCAAAAGUUCAAAGCCAACUUGGGCCACUUAGUGUGUCAAAUUUUUUAAAAAUGCUGGGCAUGUGACUCAUUGCUAGAGAACUUGCCUAGCAUGACUGGGAACUAAGUUUUCUCCCCAGCACUAAGAAAAGAAACCCAAGUCAACAGCCAUCAAGCAGAUGUAUCCCAGGCCAACCAAGAAGUGUGUUCUCCCUCAUACUGGGUGGCCUGAAUCCAGGCAUUUUGUGAUUGUGUGCACACUGACCCUGUAUAUGUGUGUGUGUGUGUGUGUGUGUGUGUGUGUGUGUGUGUGUGUGUGUGUGUGUGUGUGUGUGUGUGUACUCCCCUUGUCUGGGGCUCAUACUGGGUAAGAGACCCAGGAAAGCCUAUUUGCUUGUCUGUUAUGUUACCAUGCAUUUCUAAAACCACUUCAGUUGUUAAUCCAUUUACUCCUCUAUCCAUCGACUUGUUUCUGUUCCUUUCCUCCCACUUUGUACUCAUUUGUUUUCAUUAAAUUUUGCAUUUAUUUUGA